AUGGCUUCAAGUGCACGGGGCAUCAUGUUUCGGCAUCUCAAAGCACUAACUAUAAGCCCUGCACUGGCAUCUGGUGUGACCAGUCAGCAUCACCAGCUUCAACAGCGUGCGCCAGUGAGUGGCACAGCCAAAGGAAAGGCUAAGCUCAAAGCAGGUCAGCCUUUGAAGCGUUCCACCAUCGGAGCGAAGAAAGGGGCACCUUCCACUGGUGGAGGUGGCGGCGGCCGUGGUCGUCGUGAGGCCAUUGAGCGCAUUACUAAUAUUUCAGAGUCUUGUCUCAAUGCCUCUACUCCGCUGCGGCACUUGUUCCCCAAGGAGCGUCUUCGCGAAGCUAAACGUGAGGAACUGGGACUUGUCUCCAAGGAGAGGCAACGCGAGCUUGAUGUAGCCAAGGCCAAAGCUAAAGCCAAAUCCAAAGGUACUGGUGGAGGUGAAGGAGACCGUGUGCUUAUGGGUCCACCAGGCCUUGACUAUAUCAGUCUUGGGCUAGUUGAUGAGGAGGCAAUCCCCAAGUAUGAGCUCACAGUCGAGGAUGGUCGGCGACUUGCCAAAGAGUACAGUCGUGUGCUAAUGCUGGUGGCACCGUGCAAGGCAAACAGCAGAGUCAACGCUUCUGACCCUAAAAAGGAGGCCAUUGCUGCUCUCCCUGAGAAACUGCGAGCUGCUGCUAUGGUACCUGACAUGACACCAUUCCCUGCAAACCGGUACAUGGCGACACUCACACCACCAAUUGAAGGAUAUAUUGAAAAGGUGCGGGAAGCGGCCAAGAAGCACUCUGUGAAGGAGAAACUUCGCUGA